CGACCUUUUGUUCAUCAGAAAGAUUUUAGCGCUUGGUGAGUUAUGACGCGUUUACGACCGUGCUCUUUUGCAAAGUAGAUAUUUCACAAGGCUGUACUGUAGCUGAAAUUGGAUUUCAGGGCGAUUUUCCUCCAUCUUGGGCCCAGCCAUCGUCAUCGUUUUUCUUAUUUGCCCAUUUUUCGAGUGUUUCGGUUCACAAUCGGAAGUAUAUUCGCGAACAUUUUGGUGGUUUCUCGCUGGUUUACCAGAAAACCAUGGAGAAAAGGUAGUAGGCGAUAGUUUUUCCAUGGAAAAAAAAAAUAUUUCCACUGGUCGCUGAGUUCAUCGUCGCCGCCAUCUUAGAAAUCAAUUACCAGAAGUACGAGAAAAAUUUCACCUUUACCUUACGUGGCAGCUCAAGUUGAAUAUAAAAAAACGCUGUUUGAAGGAAUUCGCCUUGUAAAUUUGGCAAAUCGGACUAUUAUAAAUCAAUAUAUGGACUGUUGACCGUAGUUUGGAAAUGUCUGCUAAUUUACUGUAGUGGACCGCCAGAGAAGAAUUCUGAGGAUUUCGAUGAAUUGGAAAAAUCCAAAAUAAGACGCAUAAAAUGUUGAAUGAAUGAAGAAAAAUCAACGAAGACGAAGAAGAAAACGUGAACAGGAAACAGAACAACUUCGGCAGUGACAGUUAGCCGGGGUGUAAACGUCAAACGAAUGACAGCAGCUUGCACGCAAGUUGCCAGCCAGUAGAGCAGUAACAUUUGUAAGGGUUCCUGAUAUUUUUUGCUCUCAAAAUGCCACGGAUAGACCCUUUGAAACUUUUGGUGUGCCUCAGUGUGCUUUUGGCCCCGAACGGUGGUAUCCGUAGUGCUAACGAAGUCAAGCGCCUUGCCAACUUGAUGGCGAAGUUCUCCAAAAAACUCGUAUCCAAGUGUAUUUACAUACAAAUUUUGAAAUGCACUGAAACGGAACUGCUGGGCCAGUUUAUGGCGGCCGGCGGGUGGUCCCUGGUGCACAUGUGGCUGGCCGACGGAAUCACCACGAAGAAUUGGCCCCUGAUCCAGGAACUGCUGGAAUUGCUGCUGUGUUGUCCGGUGGACGUUGAACGGCUCAAGAGCAACACCGCUCCCAAGCUGGUCAAGACGCUGUCCAAGGAUAGCACCCAUGAAGGAGUUCGCCUGCUUGCAACGAAACUUGUUGAGCAGUGGCUCAAGAUAGCUCGCAACGACAUUCGGUCCGGCAAUCAACAGCAACAAUCGUUGUCUCAGCCUUCGUCAUUGCCGCCUGCCCAGCCGUCAAGCUCGGAUGACAAAUCGCUCAAUCCGGAGCAACAACCUGAGGAGCAGAUCACCAUGCAGGAAGAACAGGAAGAAGUCGUUGAUGGGCCGCACGAGGAAGUCCUGGAUGAAACCGUUGUCGAAGAAGAUGAAGAAGCCGUACCGGAGACCGAUCCUCUGGCAACAUCCAGUGCAGAACAGUUGGAGAACGGAUCUGUGGAAGAAGAUAUGGAUGAAAAACAAGACGAAGAAAACGUGGAGGAGACGAAGAAAGCUUUCAACGAUGCAGUGACGGAAAGCAACAACAAGAAAACUCCGCUGUUGUUCAAAAUUACAAUGAAAAACGGUAAACAAGUGUUGGCUAAGGUCGAAUCUCCGACUAAGAAAAGUGCUACUUCUGAGGUUGAUCAUGAAGAAGGGGCUGGAAAAAUGGAAGAAGACGACAAGAAAGGUGAAGUUGAAGAUGAAGCGAUUACAGACAAGGAUACGACAAAUACAGAAGACAGUGUACCGGAAGUUGAGGAAACCGACUCGACGGAAUCUGUGAACAAAAGUGACCCGGAUAACGUGAAUAAUGAUGAAAAGAAAGACACAAGUGAAGUGGAUAAAGAAAAGAGUAAAGAUAGAAGGAAAAGUAGCGAUAAAGAGCGAAGCAAAGAUCCUAAAGAUAAAAGCUCCUCUAAGGAUAAAGAUAGGCACAGGGAAAAGGACAAGGACAAAAAAUCUAGCAGCAGUGGUCAUAGAUCAUCAUCGUCUAAAUCAUCUUCAUCGUCUUCAUCUAAGCACAACAGUAGCAGUAGCAGUAAUAGUAGCAGCAAACAUAAAUCUUCGAGCUCAAGUUCUAACAGCAAGAGCUCGAGUUCUAGCUCUAGCUCGAAAGACAAGGAUAAAGAUAAGCACAACAGCAGCAGCAGUAGUAGCAGUAGCAGCAAGCAUCAUCACAAAAGUUCAUCCUCUAAAUCGUCCAGCAGCUCAAAGAGCAGUAGUAGUUCGAGUGACAAACACCGCGAACAUAAAGACAAGUCUAGUCAUUCGAGUAAGGAUAAUGAUCCAAAACUGUCAUCUCCAAGCAGCACUAAGCUGGACAAAAGUUCUAAGAAAUCCAAAGAGGAAUCUGUUGAACGUGCAGCAGGCACUUCGGAUGAAAACAAGCAAUCACCAGCGAGCAAUAGCAAGAAGGCUUCCAUUUCAAUUGAAGUCCGCAACUCUGACCAUCGGCCGAAGACGGUGAAAACAUUCAACUCUCAGUUCCGCUCGCAUGGUCUGAUUGAGGAAGCUCCACCGCCACCGUCGCGUAAAGGUUUGAAGAAGCCGACGACGACUCCAGCGGUAAUAGGAUCGACCGCCACCGGAACAGUUCAUCACAGCAAACGGACAUCCCCUCCUCCAUCAUCCAAAGAAGGACCCCCGGAGAAGAAGGCCCGCGAAGAGCCUGCAGAACGGCCUGGUGCAAUAAAGCUGAUUCCACCGAAAAGGCAACCAUCCCUAAUCGAGUCGGAUAUGUUCAUGGAUGCGCUAUCAGCUACGCUCAAAAAGGAUGUAAAGAAGCGCAAACGGAAACUCAGUGGGUCCGAGUCGGCUAAGGCAAGCGAUGGCAAGACUCACGCAGCGCCAACUACUCCAACAACUCCUACGUCCGAGAAAACUCCGAUCCUUGCCAAAGCAGCUUCGCCAGAAAAAUCAGUCCUUCCGUCCCCUCCUACGAGUCCAACAUCAACAACGGAAAAAUCAUUACCCACUGCAGCGGCGGCACCGGUUGUACCGGUGGCCACACCUGGCUCCCCGGUUCCAGCGCAACCUACGUCACCAACGAAGGUAGUCGCAGCGCCAAUGUCGUUCUACCGAGAUACACUUGCCGAUAGUGAAGAAAGUGCCGAAGAUAAGAAGGAACAUUCCGAAGAGAAGCUCGCGAAAAGUGCAGAAUCGGAAGAGAAACCGGAAAUCAAGACUGAAGCGGUUCCCGACACUCCGGCGGAACCGGACGAAGAAGAUGAAGAAGUGAUCAAGAAGCCGAAACGACUGAAGUCGGAACUCAUUGACGACGAUGAGGGUGACGACAAAACUAGUUUGAUCGACGCCGUAGGCAAUGAUGUGGCCAAACAGAUGGAGGAAGAACUGCCCGAGAAGAAACUCCCUGGUCCAGGCUGUGGUCCUAACGGUCCGCCGGGAGUUUUAGUCAUUCACCGUCGUAAGGGUCCGAAGAAGCAACUGAAAUGGAAGCCACAGGAAGAGUUAGAGGAAGUCAGAUACUUCGAGCUUGAUGUUACAGAGCGAUGCAACGUUACCAGGACGUUUACAGAUCUGAAGCACAUGGAACGCGUCGAUGAACGGAACAAAUACAUGCUGGCACGCAAGGUUAACGUCGAUGACAUGAUGAUGGAGCGAACGCCCUGGUUGCCUCUGAUUGUCAUCGAUAAUGUCCCGCCUCAUCCCGAUGGUGUCAACAGCCAGGAAAGACGUAUCCAACAAAAUCGUGAACGAACCGUUCUGCAAGCUCUGUACUUCAACCGACACAUGAUUCCGGACUCCCCAGCGGAACCGGACGUCGAAGUAUACUCGAUAUCCGAACCAACCCACAUCCCCAUGGAUGAUGUCACCGGUAAUCCGGAUUCUGUAAACGAUUUCACCAGCAUGCCUUGGCCGGAGCCAAAAUCCACUCCUCCUCAUGAAUCGGCUGGUUUCAAUUCUCCGUUCUUCCCCGGUACUGGUAACGACUUCCCGCCCUUCGGUAACAACAGCAACUGGGAUCUGCCCGGAGCCAAUCCCGGUCCGAUGCCAGGAAUGUUCCCACCCGGUCGAAUGGGACCAGGAAUGCCUCCAAUGGCUGGCAACCAAGGAUCACCUGGUGGUGGUCCUCCAAUGAUGCGACCAAUGAACAUGCCACAUAACAUGGCACCAAACAUGGGAGGACCUCAUCCGAACAUGUUCCAAGAUAAUUUCAUUCGGGGGCCUCACCCGAUGCAGCACAUGAAUGAUCGGGACGACGAGAACUUCCGUAACGGUCCACCUCCACCUCCAGCGUGGUUCAACGGUAACAAUAAUAGUGGUGGAAUGAACCGAGGUCCUCCACCGCCACACCAGAAUAACUUCAAUAACCGUGGUCGCGAUUUCGGCGGCGGCAAUGAUAGAUUCGGUGGCGGUCGAAGAGGGGAUGGUGGCAACUGGAACAACCGUGACCAUGAUCGAGCAGGCCCACGCGGUGGUAACUAUCGACCUCCAUGGUUGAAUAAUAAUCGUGGUAAUCCCAACAGCCAUCGCGGUGGGGGCCGUAAAUGGUAAAAUCAGCAAUCCCAAGUGAUAAUGUAGUUUAGCAAAACAACAUGAAUUAUAAGUGAGCUUGUUCUAAAGCGAACUUACCUUUCUCUAGACUGGUAACUAGACACAUCGACCAAAACUAAUGGCAGAUUACUUGGUUUGAUAGCAUUUUAUUAUUUUUUGUCGAAUUAAGUCGAAAAAGCUACUUGAGUAGACCUAGAAGGUACAAAUUAGUUACGCAACCUUGAUUUAGUUGUAAUAUAAUUCGUUCUUUAGGUUUAUAAUGAGUCAUUUGAAGGAUUGAACAAGCAUUGAGAAUUCUUUCAGAGCUGUAAAUAAAAUGCGAGCAGAAUAUUA